AUGCUGCUUCUAGCUUCAGCUUUUUUUCUAACAGUACUGCAGUGCUCUAAUGCCCAAAAUGAAGCAAGCAUUACACCUGCAGACUGUAACACCAUUGAAACAGAUGCAGGAGUGGCCCUGGAUUUGGUCAACAGACAUCGCAGAGAUGGUUAUGUUUUUGGUUUAUUCCGUGUUGCUGAUGCACAUGAACUACAUUUAGGAAAUUCAACAGUCCUCUACUUAACUUUGGAUGUGCUGGAAACUGAAUGCUCUGUCUUAUCCAGAAGACACUGGGAGUCCUGUGAAUACAGUGACACCUAUCCAAUGGACUUUGGGCAAUGUAAGAUUAUCACAUAUACAAACCAUCUGCUGAAGAAACCUCAACUAUAUGGAUUUAAUUGUACAUUAAGUCCAGUUCCAUCUGACUUAGUAGAGUGCAAAGAUUGUCCUGUGAAACUUGAAGCCUUAGAAGUCACUGAGCAACAUAAAGAUAUUGCUAAAAAGGCCCUGAAGAAAUUCAACAGUGAAGGUAACCACACAAACAACUUUGCUGUGGACAAAGUCGAAAGAAUUUUAAAGAUGACUGCCUCCCGUGAAGGUCACAUUUUAGGAUUCUCUAUAAAAGAGACCAACUGUUCCAAAUCUAUGCAGGAAACAGAUCAGGCAUUGGAAUGUGAUUUUCUGCAUGACUGGCACGCUCACACUGGAUUCUGCAAGGCAAGAAUCAUCAGUGAUGCAGAUGAAGCUGAUGGAACAGAUAUAAGCUGUGAAAUCUACCAUCCCUGGCACCAUGGCUGUGGGCGAAGAGGGAAAUAUUCAGCUCUGGAACAUCCACACAGACAUCCCCAUUAUCAUCAUCAUUCUGGCCACAGACAUCGCCACAAGCACCACCACAGACAUCAUUUCCCCCCCUCUUCUCAGGCCAGACCUGAAGACCCUGAGCAUAACCCCAAAUCCAACAAGGAAGAUCAAGACAGCAACAAAGGGCCUUCUUCUUCCCCUCCUCUCUAUGAUGAACCAGACCACCACCAUCCUACUCCACCUUCUCAGGGAACAGAUCAUGACCACCCUCCUCACCACCAUGGACCACCCUGUCCCCCUCCCCAUGGACUAGAACAUGACCAUCCUCCUCACCACCAUGGAUCACCCUGUCCCCCUCCCCAUGGACCAGAACAUGACCACCCUCCUCACCACCAUGGACCACCCUGUCCCCCUCCCCAUGGACCAGAACAUGACCACCCUCCUCACCACCAUGGACCACCCUGUCCCCCUCCUCAUGGCCCAGGUCACCAUCAUCAUCCUCACCAUCACAGACCACACUGUCCCCAUCCUCCAGGACACCCUCCUCAUCACUAUCAUCGCUAUCACAGACAUCAUCACAACAAGACAAGCAUACCAGGAAAGUAUUUUCCAUGCCAUGUACCAGGAGCUGUCUAUCGCAUCCCAGUUCUAAAUCAGCAGGAUUCUCUCACACCUCCCACUGCAAACUUUCCUGAAGUAUCCCAAUGCAACCUUCACUUUUCCAGCACUGGCUCAAAACCAAAGGAAACAGCAGAAGUUCCAGCCUUUCCAGAUCACCCUACACAAUCAAAAUCAUGCCCUGGAAAUCCCAAACUUGACCUUCCAAAAAUUUUGCCUUUAUUUCCUCGUAGCUUUGUAACAAAAAAUUCUCCUAUAUGA